AAAAUUGUCUGUUACAGUAACAAUCAAGCAGAUCCUUUCUUAAGUAUGGUGGACAUGUAGAGAUUUGCAGACGAAAAUUGAACAUUUUUACCGAAAUGUCGCGCGGAAAAGCUAUAGUUGUAAGGAUUCAAAGUCCUGAUGCAGGCACAAAAAGAAUAGAUACAAAAGGAAAUGAAAGUGUUGCCGAAUUUCUUAAUAAGGUACAGAAGACAUUUGAGAUAGGAGAUAUUGGCUGGACAGUAUACAAAACACGAGAGAAGAAAGAUGCUUUAAGAAACUCUAGAGCUAAAACUCUAGACUCCUAUAAGAUAAAACAUGGGGAUAUGUUGUAUCUUUUCCCUCAGUCGACACACUCUGGGGCUGGGGAGAGACCAGGAAGCAGUAGUAGUGUUGCCAUGGAUACAAGUCCAUUUACCACAGACACAGUAAAAGAAGAUGAAGUAGAUCUACUUAUGUACAAAGAAGAUGGCAAAAUUUACAGGAAAAGAGAUGAACAAUUAUGCCAUCAUGGUCCCUCAGGAAAAUGUCUUCACUGUGUUCCUUUAGAGCCAUUUGAUGAAACAUACCUACAAACCUGUGAUCCUCCUAUCAAAUAUCUCUCAUUUCACUCAUAUCUGAGAAAAUUGACAAGCGGAGUAGACAAAGGGAAGUUUGCAAAUUUGGAGAAUGUUUCUUGCAAAAUAAAGGAAGGUUGUAAAGAGCAUCCUCCCUGGCCAGCGGGAAUCUGUACAAAAUGUCAGCCUACAGCUUUAACUCUCAACAGACAGCGAUAUCGACAUGUUGAUUACAUCAUGUUUGAGAAUCCUAACAUCUGUAAUCAGUUCUUAAACUACUGGCGUAGUACAGGUAACCAGAGGCUGGGUAUAAUGUAUGGCAGGUAUGGGCCACAUAAAGAUAUACCUCUAGCUAUCAAGGCUGAAGUUGCUGCUAUAUAUGAACCUCCACAGAUCAAUAGUAAGAACAAGAUAGAGUUACUGGAGGACCCCCAGGAGGAAGCUAUACACAGGUUAACACUGAGGCUUGGACUUGUCCCUGUAGGCUGGAUCUUCACAGAUCUGGUUGCUGAUGAUCUCACUACAGGAACUGUGAAAAACUUCAGAGGCAAUGUGGACUCUCAUUUCUUGAGUGCGGAAGAAUGUAUAAUGGCUGCACAGUUUCAAAAUAAAUACCCAAAUCCUUGUAAAUAUUCUAAAGAUGGUCAUUUUGGGUCUAAGUUUGUAACAGUUAUUGUUACAGGUGAUCAGAAUGGUCAGAUACAUUUUGAAGGUUAUCAGGUAUCAAAUGUGUGUAUGGCUCUGGUUAGAGAUGAAUGUCUUAUUCCAACUAAAGAUGCCCCAGAACUUGGUUACAUCAAGGAAUCUUCAAAUGAACAGUAUGUCCCAGAUGUCUUCUUCAAGGACAAGGAUGAGUAUGGUAAUGAGGUUACCCAGCUUGCCCGUCCCCUACCUGUUGAAUACUUGCUUGUUGAUAUGGGGGCAGCAUUUCCUGUUGAACCACAGUUCACAUUCAAAAUGGCAGAUAAACCAUUCCCAAAGGAGAACAGAAAUGCCACUGGAGAGGUUCAGGAUUUUAAUGCAUUGACUAGUUACAUGCAUCAGUUCACUCCAGACAAGUUUUACGAAGCUGUGUCCGACUUUCAUCUCUUGUUAUACCUAUCCACUACAGACAUGCUGCCUCUAAAAGAAAGGAUUGGAUCACUGUUAGAAGCUAUAAAGUCUGGAGAUGAGGGUUUGGCUCAUCAUUUCAAGAAAACAGAAGAAUGGGCAACUGUUGAGGAGAUGAUGGCUGCCCAUGGCACUUCAUCACCAACAUUGACACGAGAAGGGUCGUAUGUGGGUCCAGGAGCAUCCCCUCUACCACCUAUAGGUGCAUCUGGUGGUGUUUGGACAUGUGCUCAUUGUACCUUUCAUAACAAACAUGAAAAUCAGAACUGUGAAAUGUGCUCUUUGCCAAGGCAGUAAAACUGCCAAGUAUUUUUAUUUAUUUGACAUUUACUAUUCCUUAACCACUCUAAAACUUUUGUGACUACAUGUAUGUUAAGGUAAACAAGUAAAUAUACAUUUUUUUUGGAAUAUCACCGCUUUUUAUGUAGUACAUUGGUAUUUGGAUUUCCCAGGAAGAAAAUGUAUGAAAAAAUUAUUGACAAGUUAAAACAGUAAAGUCGAUUAAAAAAAAGUCAAUAUAAUAUACUGCAUUGCAUUCUUACUGUGCUAAAAGACAGUUAGUGGACAGGAUUGAAGUUUCUUUGACUACCAAGGUCUGAUGGGUUCUCUAUGAGCAGAUAUUUAUUCACUGUUUGAAUUAAUUUAUCAAUUUCAACAAUACGAGGGCUGUCCCAAUAAGUCAUGGAAUUUCUGUGAUAAUGCAAACUGAAUUUCUGACAUAGUUCUAACUGUUUGAUGUCUGACUUUAUUACAAUGUUUUCAACUUUCUCCACUAUUCAUGAUCACUUUUUUCUCAUCUCAUUUUUUCAAGGCCCCGACUGUGUAACCCUGUUCAUUUACCCUGUAAUAGGUAUCCCCCUAAUGCCUUACAAUAUUUCAUUUAUAUAUAUAUUAUAUAUAUUUUAUCUCAUUCUGUUAAUUAAUCACCUGUUAUAUAUUUUUUGAAACACUUGUUUGCUAACACUAGCAAAACAAUCUUGUACUUUUCCACAGUUUUUAACUUAUUUAAACAUCAUCGACUGUUUUGAAGAUAAUACAGUCAUUCGGUUUGUAAAAUGAGAAUUUUUGGCCUGUGCCUCAUUCACCACUUCAGGUCUCUUUUGAUGCUUUAAAAUUUAGUGUAUGCAUAUUUUCCUUAUAGUAAUAUUUCUUAUUUUACUUCAAAUUGAUCAAGAUACAUUUGUGCAAAGUUAUUUAACCCAUUACUUCAUGAGCAUUUUGUGAAAAAUGGCUGUUUUCAUUGAAAAGUCUCCCGUUACAAGUUCAAAUUGCUAUAAUACUAUAAAAACUGCUUCAACACUAAUCAAACUUGCCAUAAAUGUUGACUGGACCAUUGCCCUUGCAAUAACAUGCUCAGUCUUUAUUUGUCUGUUACCAUGGCAACGAGGGGACAUCUCAAAAUUGCCAAAAAUCACUAUUUUGCGUUGAUUUUUUCCAUCAAAAUUGAUUUCAAAGUGCUGCAACUUCUCAAUGGAUUGAGAUAGAGUCAAAUGCUUUUCAGCAUUGGUUACACGUUACCUUAUGAUCAAUCUGGGGUCAUUUAUAGCCUCUCACAAGUCCAAAAUUUGCUUGGCACAUCCCCCUUCUGGUAACCCCCUGAUGUAUCUUUUGGUUGGGGGGCCGCGCCGAAAAUGUGGUCACUUUUUUUAACAACAUUGCUCAAACAAAAACAAGUGUUGGGGGCCUAAAUAAGGCAUUUUUUUCACCAUUUGAGACAACAAAAAGGGGGGGGGGAAGUGAAAAAGGCGUUAAAAGGUGUGUAUAUCGCGUAAUGGGUCAAGGCUUGGGCAUUAUUAUUUUUUUUUGUUUUACAGUGAUUAUCCAUGACUUAGUGGGACAACCCUACUACAUGUAUCCAGUUUAUGACUGCACAAAUUUAAGUUAAAUGAAUGUUUAAUUUUGUUUUAAAACACUUUGGUUUUUGUUUUUUUUGUUACAAACAUUAUUUAUUGGUUCAUAUUAGAUUUCUUUCGGUUUUGUGUUGAAAUGUUUCUCUGGUAUUUAAGUUUCACACUAGUUUUGUAUUUAUAUAUCCCCCCCAAAGAAAACUUUGGGAAGCAUAUACAUAUAGUUGCUGCUUCAUCCUUCCAAGGUUUCUACAUGCUCUCAUACAAUUUCUCCUUUUAACAUCAUUUCUUGAUCGGCAUCUGUCAUAUUUGGUAGGCACAUACCUUCAGUGUUUUUUAACUAGGUUAAAUUAGGGUAUCUUCGGUCAACUUUGGGAAAUACUCAAAAUAGAUUUUUACACUUGCUUGUACUGCCUUCCAUUUAUUGACUGAUGUCUUUCAUAUCAGGUAUGUACAUGUGUAUACCUUUGAUGGACCUCUUUCUCUGGACAGUGUUAGGAGUCACUUAGGUCAAGGUCACUUGUGCUGAAACAAGAUAUUUACACAGACUUGCCUUGAAAUACAUUGACAAAUAAUUAGGUGCAGGGUCAGGCAUCAUUCAUGGUAAUAUGUCUUGUUUCAUUUAGAUAUGUCACUGCUGAUGCUUCAUAUCUAUUCUCUUCCUUACAGGUAUUUUAUAUACAUGUAUAUAAUUUGAUUUUCUAGGAAAAUCAUUAAAUAUAUUAUCUAGUUCUGAUAAUAGUGUUCUGUUUGUUUUAUGCAUGCAACCUGUAUAAGAAUCUGUUUGCGUAACAAGUUUAUUUAUAAUUUGUAAAAGUAUAUGGCCUGCCAAGAUGUUUUACAAUAUGUUGGUAGGAGAAAUCAAGUGAUAUAUAAUGACAGUGCUACAGACUUUAUUUAUAUGUGAAAAUUGUUGUACAGGAAGAUAUAUUUAAUAAAAUACUGCAUACCUAUU